UGAUCCGGAAAAGCCGAAUCUGUGACUAUCUUUCUAACUUUACAGAAGUCUCCCCCUCCCAGUUCUCCUAAACACCCUACAGACUGCGUAGACUUCCUGUGUUGAGGGCAGUUCCUCUCCAGAGUUCACGCUACACCCAGUAUCCGUGCAGAAAGGCACCGUCUGGUUCGCAGUCAGCUUUCAAAGCGCUUUUUAGUAUGGACUGGUGUAUGCUUUCACUUCUGCUCCUGAUGCUGGGCAUACAUGGGUUCUGUCAGCAAGAGGAAGUAUGCUCAAAGUCAGUGAUCAACUCCUGUAAUGACUGCAUCAGAUCUGGGCCAUACUGUGCAUGGUGUCAGCAGCUGAAUUUUACCAAAGCCGGAGAGCAGGAAGCAGUCCGCUGUGACACCCGAGCAAAGCUGAUGUCAAGGGGCUGCAGGACAGACCAGAUGAUUUCCCCCAAAAACAAUGAUUCCAUUAGAAAGGAAGACCCUCUGUCCCAGUCAACUGGGACUGAAGAACCUGUCCAAAUGAGUCCACAGAUUAUCGACCUGAAACUGCGACCUGGGCUUCCACACAAAUUCAAUGUUUCUUUUAAGAGAGCUGAAGGUUACCCAGUGGAUCUUUACUACUUGAUGGAUCUCUCUUACUCCAUGAAGGACGAUCUGAAAAACGUCAAAGGCCUAGGACAAGAUCUUUUUAAUGUCUUGAAUAAAAUUACUAAAUAUGCUAAAAUAGGGUUUGGCGCCUUUGUUGAUAAGACGGUCCUUCCUUACACAAACACCAACAAGGACAAACUGGAGAAGCCAUGUGAUGAAAAUGACCAGUAUUGUCAGGCUGCCUUUGGCUAUAGACAUGUGCUUAGCAUGACAUCCAGCCAGGAGGAGUUCCAAAAGCAGGUGGCAAAGCAAAAUAUUUCUGGGAACUUAGAUUCUCCUGAAGGAAGUCUUGAUGCCAUGAUGCAGGCUGCUGUAUGUGGGGAUAUAAUAGGCUGGAGGAACAGCAGCACUCGCUUAAUUGUACUCGCCACAGAUGCCGGGUUCCACAUGGCUGGGGAUGGAAAACUGGCUGGCAUUCUGGAACCCAAUGAUGAAUUGUGCCACAUGAAAAACAACCUUUAUGCCAAAAGUAAUGAGAUGGACUACCCAUCUGUUGGACAAUUAGCGAUGCAGCUGGAAAAAAACAACAUUCAGCCAAUUUUUGCUGUAACACAAAACAUGAAGAAUGUUUACGAUGAACUCUCUAAAAUGAUUCCAAAGUCAGAGGUGGGAGUUCUAUCAUCAGAUUCAAAUAAUGUUGUUCAGCUAAUUGAAAGUGCCUACAAUAAAUUGUCAUCUAAAGUCACAUUGACUCAUGACAGUCUUCCUGACAAUGUCAGAGUUGAGUACAAGCCACAUUGUGAUAAUCCAAAACAAGAAGGCCCCAACAAAGGGGUUUGUGAUGACGUUCGUGUGGGUAACAAGAUAAUUUUUGAGAUUACUGUGACAGUGGACAGAUGUAUGGAGAAAGAGUCCUUCACUAUCAGCCCACUUGGGAUUAAAGACAAACUAACAGUAACCAUUUCUACCAACUGUGAGUGCCAAUGUAAUGAUCCUACAGGCAUCAAUCAGACACACUGUACAAAUAGAGGAAGCAUCAACUGUGGUAUGUGUAGCUGCGAUACAGGUUAUGUGGGUCAGUACUGUGACUGUGCUGUUGGUGAUAAGAAUGAACAGUUUCUGCGAGCUUCCUGUCAGAAGCAAAAUGGGAGUUCAGAGUGUGAGGGUCGAGGAGACUGUGUAUGUGGCAGAUGCCAGUGCCACACUACACAGGAUGGAAACUCUUACCAUGGAGAUUACUGCGAGUGUGAUGAUGAACACUGUGAGAAAUUCCAGAAUAAGUUAUGUGCAGGAAAUGGUAAAUGCAACUGCGGGAAGUGCAUAUGCAAUCCUGGUUAUGUGGGCUCUGCCUGUCAGUGUGAAGUUUCUGAGGAGGGCUGUCGUACGCCAAACAACACUGUGUGCUAUAACAGAGGGGACUGCGUAUGUAACCUUUGUGAAUGCAAAGAGGGAUAUCAGGGACCAGACUGCCAGAAAUGCCUUGGCUGCCCAGACCAAUGCCAGAACAAACUGAAAUGCAUUGAAUGUCUUCACCCUGAUUCGAAAUCUUUGAAAAAUGAAUGCAACAAUCUUUGCCAAGGCAUCAGUUCCUAUGAGAUUGUUGAGAAAUUUAACCUACCUGCCAAAGAAUGCCAGCAGAAGGACAGUAAGGGAUGCUGGAUCAAAUUCAAGCUGGAGCAGCUAUUUGGAUUGGAUGACUACAAGGCUGAAAUACUGAAAGAAAGAGAAUGCCCGGAGCCACCCAGUGUCAUAGCUAUCAUAGCAGGUUCCAUUGCAGCUGUGGCUUUAAUUGGAAUUCUGCUGCUGAUGCUGAUCAAGUUAAUGAUCCACAUGAAGGACCUGAAGGAGUUCAGGAAAUUUGAAAAUGAAAAGAAGAAAUCCAAGUGGGCCAAUGCGGACAAUCCACUGUUCCAGAAUCCCACCACUACUGUGGCCAACCCUCUGUUUACUGGAGAGUGAUGACCCCCUGCUGCAGAACUUAUGUCAACAUUUAUUCACAGCUUUUUUUUGGAGCAAAAACCACUCUUUCAUGGGAUCUUAUUACAUAGUAUUGAAAUUAAUGCAACUUUCUGUAAAAUGGCUGUAUAUUAUUGAGGAUGGCGUGUAGUUUGUUUGUUGAGCUCAUAUGAACCUAUUUGCUAAUAUAACUUCUGUCAGUUUUCUGUUCAUAGACAGUUUAAAGAUCUGCAGUGACUGUCCAAAGUUUGGAGAAUCAGGCUAUUUAUUAUGAUGAAAUUGUAAAUUAUAAGCAAAAUUACACCAAUUAGCCAGAAGAAUAUGACCACUUGCCACUUAUUUGGCUUCCAGGAUCUCCCCCUCCCCCCUCAAAUAUUUAAAAUAGGUCAAAACUAGAAUGAUAAAAAUUAAAACAUUUUGGUCUUGUUAAUGCCCCCAUUAACUGAUGCUUUUUUAAUAAUGCUUUGGAGCUUCGUUAAAAUUCUCAGCUUUUCAGGAUGUUUUAGCAAUAGUAGUUCUGGCAGAAAUGUAUAUUAGUAAAUUAAGUACUAGUAUUAAAUUAUUGGAUUAAUACAGUUAACACACGACAAAUGUAAUGUACAAUAAGUGAGGCAAAAUUUUAUUGCCAUGAAAAGGUCUUAAAUAAAGAUAUGGAAAGAUUUCUGACAAAUUGCUAUGGUAGAAGGGACUUAAUUAUUACAUUUUGGUGGCAAGUGCAACAAUUGUUGAAUAAAUAUCUAACCUGAGCAUUUCUAAUUUAUGGUAAUCUAUAUUCUGACAUAUGCAUAUGUAAAUUUUCUACAAAUGAAGCAGGUAAUCAACUAACAAGCUGAAUGUUACACGAGCUGGUAACAAGUCUAAUAAAUGAUUAAUCAAA